CUCUUUCCAGCCAACAGAGGAGAGAGAGCAAAAGCUUCUUUUAGGUUCUAGCUUCGUUGGAACUAUGUUGAAUUAGCCUGAUCUUUGUUCGUCUUUUCAAAUUCCUACAGUAGUCGCUGACUGUACCAGCUCCUUUGAGCUUGGGUGGAAUAUUGGCACAGGGGCUCUCACAAGUGCGGGACGGGAUGAUGUUAUGCAAGAUCUGCUGUUUCUACAGAGAAUUGUCAGCCACAAUACUUUGAAGAGUCUAUUGUGAUUUAUGGCUGGAGGCGCUCUCCGUGCGGUGGGGCUCAUUGUAGUUAUCGUUAUUACAACAUGGUUAACAGUACCAUGGGGUCCGUUCGGUCGGCCUGCAGCUGCUCCACUUCCAAGCCCCCAUGAGGCGCCAUCUGUCACGCGCCCUUUGGACACCAACUUCAUCUCAAAAACGGGCAAUGAAAGGGUUUUUGACGGGGGAACUAGAAUGAGCGGAAGCGAGGCCCGAGAACGAUUGUACUAUCUCUUGGAAGUCCUCUUCGCCCGGGCUGACAUACGCGAUGUCGGCGCGGCCAUCGAGGGGCUGAAAGAGCUGGCCGCUCUGUUGCCGGAGCAUUACAUCGGGCCUCAGUGGGAGGGCCACCCUCCGGGACAAACGAUCCUCGGUCGGGGGCGUGCUUUGAGCCCCCUCGUGCACUAUUUUGCGAAGCAGGGAAAGGACGAAAAUGGGGUUCCUUUUGUUAAGGGGCAAGAAGAGGGCGGUAGUCGCAUAGCGGGUCUCACGCAAGCGGAGUUUGAUGCGCUGGACGAAAGCAUGCAGCAGCAGGUUGAGAUGGCCGAGGAGUUGAAGUACGAGCUGGAUAGGCUGAAGGCAAAGUUGAAAGCGGCAACCGAGAGUGUGGAGCCACAGAGUGUUACAGAGGAAGAUUUUGUGUUCCGGGUAGCGCCUGGUGGGAGUGAGUUCGUUCGGGUUGGGGGUGCACAAAGCGCCCCAGGUCAGCAACAGGGGGUCGAGUCUGCCUCUGCAGAAGUCCCCCCCGGGGAGAGACUUUCAGAAAUAGGGCUCCAGGAGAAGGGGGAGUCGCUGCCACCCACACCCGUGCCAAGACCGGCCCCCAUCCCCCCUCCCCCGUCAAGCGUUUUCCGCCAGUCUGAUGAGCACGACCCCAGUCCGUCUUCGUCGGACCACGUAGCGGACGGGGCAGAGCAGUCCGCUGGCGAGAAGGAGUCAGGGACGUUAGACUCGCAGGACGACGAUGAAGAAGAGUUGGAGCAAGUUUUGAGUCGCAUGGGGAGGUACAAGACGGGCGUGGGUUCGGCCUUCCAAACCAGCACAGCGCUUGGGGCUGAAAACGGUCGUCCAAACCCGUCGCUGGUAGAUCCCAGCCUUCCGGGCUUGGCAGACCCACCGGGGUUAACAGGAGGGUUAUGGGGUGCAAAUCCUGCGGGGUUUGACAGCCCGAACCCGCCCGCUUCAGCGAGCGCUACGUCGCCAUCGAUCUCCAACGACCUAUUCCAAGUCCUCUUCGAAACACCAAACUCCCCCAGACUUUCAGACGGCAAAGCUGUUGACCAAAGCGCCGACGUCGUAGUGUGGGAGGAGGAGCCAUUGGAAAGGGUUGCUGCGGACGCACAAUUCCUCCUGGGGGUGUUGGCUUCGACUGGGAUCGCAUCUGACUUUGUCCCCCGGAAUGAGACGCAGGCUUUGGGGUACUACAGGCGGGCGGCCGAGGGGGGAGCGCAGCAGGCACAGCUCGCGCUAGCACACUGGUACCAUCAGGGUUAUCACGUGGACUCCAGCUGCUCGUCGGCCCUCUGGUACCUCCGCGGCGUUGCUGACAGCAUCAUGACCUCAGCUCAGGAAGUGGGUGACGUGGUGCUUCCGAGGGCACCCGUCAGGCUGCGCGACCGAGAGCGGGACGCAUCUGCAGCAAUGAACGAUAUGUUCGAUCUAGAUGCUCCAGAUCAGGUGGCAUGGGACGAGGACCUAGCACUGCGGGGCGUUGCUGAAGCGCAGCGCCACGUGGGCUACCGGCGGCUGCUGGGACGGGGGGUGGACCAAGACGUGCACGAGGCGCGGCGCUACUUUGAAGCAGCGGCAGGGGCAGGGGAUCCGUACGCUGCUUUCAACCUGGGUUACAUGUACAUGAGGGGCAUCGCGCAUCCCGUCAACUACACGGCCGCCCGUGAGCUCUUCGAGUAUGCCGCUGAAGACGACCUCCCGGCUGCGUACAACGGACUCGGCGUGCUGUACUACAGCGGAUGGGGCGUGCCCCAGAACUUCACCAAAGCGAAGGAGUACUUCGAACUGGGGGCCGUUUUCCAAGACCCCGAUAGCUUGUACAAUCUGGGCAGUCUCUACAUGGGCGGCUUUGGCGUCCCGGAAGACCUGCCGAAGGCAUAUGCCUACAUCCAAAACGCCUCGCACGCUGGGCAUUGGAAAGCGCCUCAUACGCUGGGGGUGAUGCAUGCAGAGGGGACAGGCGUCGAAAAGAACUGCUCCCAGGCAGUGCAGUUCCUAACACUAUUUAUCAGCGAGCGGGGUCAAUGGCCCGACGAACUAGAGGAGGCGUUUGCGUACACGGGCAGCGACGAGUGGUCAGCGCUCCUCCGCUACCUUAUCAUGGCGGAGCAAGGCAGCCACGUGGCGUGUGCGAAUGCAGCCUUCAUCCUAAGAAAGUCAAAGGAGUACACGCACUCUGACCAUCACGAGCUAGCGCUGAAUCUCUUGGAGCGCACGCGGGACUCGGAGACCAACCUCCGGAGUGGCGCACUGAUCGAUGCUGGAAACCUGCACUACUACGGCCGGGUACAGAUAACGGAACCCGACGAACGGUCUGGCUCCGUGUCUGGAAGCCACGUGGCUCUGCAGUACUACGAGGAAGCUGCCGAAAGUAACGACCCGGAGGCCCUGUACAGUCUAGCGUGGGUCUACGAGCACGGGGAGCUCGGGCAGCCACGGGACCACCACAAGGCCCUCGACCUUCUAGACGAGGCCAUGGAACAUGCGUACUUAGAAGAGUUGCUUCCUUUAGCGGUCGCUCUCACAUACUUCCAAUCGCACGAUAUUUACUUACGUGUAGUCGGGUUUGCGGAGAGGAGCAAGCGAGGUUUUGUAGGUGCGCUAGAGGGGGUCGUUGCGCAAGGAGAUACGAUCCUUCUGUUGGUCCUCUCGACGAUAUUGUUUUGGGUCGUGGCGCGGUUAAGGAGGCGCCUUGACCAAGUCGAGCAUCGGACUCUUGCCGCAAGGACGAUUGAGGUUAGUGGGGAGGAGAGCCAGCCAGAGAGCGUUGCAGGCCGUGCAGCUGUCAGCCCCUCCUCAUCGCCAUCAGCCUUUGCCAGUAAGGGGGUUCCUCAUAAUGCAGUUCGUUUUGGGACAGCGGGUUCUGGAAAGGUGUUAGACGCACGUGGCAACUUCUACGAGUGUUCGAUACCAUCUCCAUCAUCCGAUAUAAGCACACACCCCAGCCAUAAGCUAUGGAGGACGCCAUGGAUGUGGUGA